CGCGGACCUGCUAUGAAGCGCGCCUGUAAGCUAACAGCCAGGGAGCAGAAAAACAACAAACUUUGCGCCAUUCAGAUUUCAUACGGUAAACCACAGUGACUUCGAUGUGGUCUGUAUCCAGAUAUCCAAUUUCCGUUGGUACCGAGGUACAUGCCCUUGUCCCGAGAAUGAGGACAGGAACAGCGCACAGCACCCACCACUUUAACACUUACCCCUGGGGCACGCGUCAGUAACGAGACCAUUUACCUGGAAGGAAGGGAAACAACUCACAGCAGCUGACGACGGAAGAAUAUCCGCAUCGAGCAGACAGUUGGCGAGUGUGGACUUGCCGCUGCCUGUCUUGCCUACGAGGCCAUACCGAUAUGAUGGAAUUUUCAACCGCCGCAUUUUCUCGGCGUGGCGUUCCCAAACUGACAACUGCUCUUGGGGCACGGCGUUGAGUUGCUCAAGGAAACCCCACAAGUCUUGUCCGCUCUCCACGACAAAUUCCAGAAUCUCAGCCACGCGAGCCGUGAGGCGAAGAACGCCUUGAGAGUUGCGACAUUCUACCUCGCAGUCCAAGAUCGCGUCCUGCCCCGUGUCCUCCUGUUUCACGUUCGCAUUAUGGUCGUCUUGCAUGGUAGUAUUGAGUGUGCGUGGAGGGAGAUGAUUGAGGUCAACAAUAUAUCAUUUCACACAAGUGGGAAAGGCAACGGAGAAGGAUGGCCUCAGAAACGGAUUUGUCGAACAAGUUUCCUAAACGAGAUUAGAAGCUCGAAUGCUCAAGGGUCAGCCUUAGGGAGAAAAAAAUAUAGACGCGAGUUAUCACACAAGUUCAGCUAGCUGACGGUCAUCCAGGAGGAUCCAUACUAUGCAGACUGGAAGCUGAAUCGCAUGGGGCUCCCGUACCAACGAACUGAACCAAGUUGAUGGAACAGUGGUCACUGUCCUGAGCCAGAGCGUGCACGGCACAGCCACAUCAAUAAGCUUCUCUUCGCCCACGAUCAAGAUGUCUGCCUGGGAAGUCCGCAUCUCGUCCUCGCGCGGGACGCCGUAUUUCUUCAACCCCGCCACUCGCGAAUCGCUGUGGGACCGCCCCGCCGAUCUCUCUGAGGAACAGGCCCAAGCGCUCCUCAAAGCCGUGCCCGCGCCCAAAGGCAAGGUGCGCGCGAGCCACCUCCUCGUGAAGCAUAACGGCAGCCGCCGACCCGCGAGCUGGAAAGAGAGCAACAUCACACGUUCCAAGGACGAGGCCAUCGAGAUCCUGCGGGGAUUCCAGACGCAGAUCGGCACGGACGGGCAGAAGUUCGGUGAACUUGCCAGUGUGCACUCGGAUUGCUCGUCUCAUGAGCAGAAUGGCGAUCUCGGAUACUUUGGCCCCGGGCAGAUGCAGAAAGCUUUCGAGGAGGCCGCGUACUCGCUUGAACCCGGACAGAUCAGCGAUAUCAUCAGCACGGAUAGCGGAGUGCAUUUGGUCAUGCGGACAGCCUAAACGUUGGGCUGUGUUCGAACAGAAACAUUGAAGUACAGUAAAUUGCAAGUGUAUGUUAUAUGAAUGGGUUGAUGAGCAAUCUUAUCUACGAGCGAUCCUAAAUCGCCCGCCUACUCGACGAAAGCUGCAUCCGAAAUAUCACGGGGCACGAGAAACUUACAGUCACAUGUGCGUCCAUGGUCUGGUUUCAGGUGAGUGCAUAGAAUAAAUAGAUCGCCCCUCUACUUGCACUCGUACUUCGAUGUCGACUAUUCGUGUCUCAAAGAUCCUGGUGCAUCCUAUCAAGAGUUGUCGCGGAAUCUCGGUCGACCAGGCUCGGGUAACACUGGAAGGUCUAGAGUACGAUCGCCAAUGGUGCAUCAUCAACGCUGGCGAUGGCUCCGUCAUAACUGCAAGAGAAGUCUCCAAGAUGGUGUUGAUCACUCCACAUAUCGAUCAAGACGCCCAAGUAUUGUCUGUCUCGCUAGGCGGGCCGGGAUCUCCGGUCUUCUCAGUGCCGCUAAAGCCCACUCAGGAUGUCCUUGGCACCUGGACGCGAGUCGCAGAUGUGAUGAUGUUUGGCGCGUUUCCAUUCGAUGGGUACAUCUGCGAGGCGCUGCCCGCGGACAACAUGAACGUGCAGACAGUGUCGGAGAUGCUGUCCACGUAUUUUGAGCGGCCCGUGCAUCUCGUGUACAAGGGGACACAACCGCGCAUCUGCGAGCCGACGUUCACGCACCCGGCGUUAGAUGCGAGAACCGUUUUCCAAGAUCUCUUUCCUUUGAUGGUGCUCUCCGAGGAGUCGACGACGCGAAUUGAGGAAGAGCUCCGGACACAUGUGGGGAAGCAAGGCGUGGACGAGUGCUGGAAGACCGAGCGCUUGGCAACAGAAAGGUUCCGACCUAAUAUUGUCUUUCAGGGAGCAGGUGCUUUCGCGGAGGACUCCUGGAAGGAGAUCGAGAUCGGCUCAGGGCCCAAGAUCAGUCUAGUGUCAAAGUGUACACGAUGUCUGCUGCCAAACGUUUCGCCAGAAACCGGAGUGCGGGACCCUGCCGUGCCCUACAAGACGUUGAUGAAGUUCCGGACAGGUUUGGAUCCGGUUUUGAAAAUGAAGCCUUGCGUCGGAGUAAAUGGGGUACCGUUGCGAUUGGGAGAGUUGAAGGUUGGAGAUAUUGUAGAGCCCAGAUGAGAUGAGUUUCCAAGUGUCGAACUUGCUGUUGGCUUGCUCAGCGACUCGGGAGAAUUUGGGUGAACGUGACGUGGCCCAUAAUCAGCGGCUGUGCUGAUGGCGAAUCACCCACCUUGUACCUGAUUGAAGCCGUCGGAUAUCUCCAUCACACCGACAAGCUUGGCUGGAAUUCCGACGCUGUCUUCAUUCAUAAACCCCAGGGCUCGUACGUAUGGCUAAAGGCAAAUGGCCGUUUGGACCGUCAGCCCCUGCCUCCUUAGAAACAGCCCAGCCCGAGCCCCUUGCUAUCGUGUCCGCCGACACUAAGAAAUUCGGACUCGAGAAUUUCGGAAAUACCUGCUACGCCAAUUCCGUGAUCCAGGCACUGUACUUCUGUGGGCCAUUCAGAGAUCUCUUAAUCCAGGCCAACGAUUCGUCCGCCAUCGAGGAUUCCCCUCAAGCGCCACCGACACCAGCCCCAGGCUCUCUUGCGCCCGUCCGUCGCAAGAUAGACAGACCUGCGGACAAUGGGGUCGUCCUCCACCCCCCACUACCCACCAUCCCUGCGAACCCUCCCAGUCUGUUCUCAGCGCUCCGCUCGCUUUACGUGCACAUAUCUACGAACCCGCUGGAGAAGGGCACCGUCGCGCCGCGCGCCUUCAUCGACAAGCUCAAGGAGUUCAACGAGCUGUUUCGCUCCACGAUGCACCAGGACGCGCACGAGUUUCUCAAUUAUCUGCUUAAUAAGAUUGUAGAGGAGAUAGAGGAGGAGAAGAGGGCGGGUGACAAUGGAGCUGGGAUACCGGACGAUCUCUCCAACUCGGCCGCCACGCUUUCCACCAACAACUCGGGGACCGCCCCCCACAAUGCGACUCUGGUGCACAAGCUGUUCGAAGGUGUUCUUACAAGCGAGACCAAGUGCUUGACAUGCGAAAACGUUUCUUCCCGCGACGAGUCGUUCCUCGACCUGUCUAUCGAUAUCGAGCAGAACGCCAGCGUCACGGCGUGCCUGCGCCAAUUCAGUGCCAGCGAGAUGCUGUGUCAGAGGAACAAGUUCUUCUGCGAUGUGUGCUGUGAUCUACAAGAGGCGGAAAAACGCAUGAAGAUCAAGAAAUCGCCCAACGUGCUAGCGUUGCAUCUGAAGCGAUUCAAGUACCAGGAGGAUCUUGGGAAGCACGUCAAGCUGGCGUAUCGGGUCGCGUUUCCGUUUGAGCUACGGUUGUUCAAUACGGUGGACGAAAUCGAUGAUGCUGACCGGCUAUUUUCGCUGUUCGCGAUUGUCGUGCAUAUCGGAACCGGUCCGCACCAUGGACAUUACAUCUCCAUCAUCAAGACGAGCGAGGCUUGGCUUGUCUUUGAUGAUGAAAACGUCUAUCCGAUCACCGAAGCUGACAUCCCCAAGUAUUUCGGGGACUCAAACGCGGGCUCAGCGUACGUGCUCUAUUAUCAGGCCGUCGACAUCGAUCUCUCUGAGCUCGGGCUGCAAGUCGUGCCGAUACCUGUGCAUGCUGGAAAGAGGUACUCGCCUCCAGACUCGUCGCCAUCCGUAGGCAGCAAUCCUCUUCUCCCUCCGGGAUUGGUUGAAGAAGCUGAGCUCUCGGACACAAGUGACCCUGUAUCGAAUGCCCCUCCUUCUCCCGAUGUCACGCCGGUUGAAGAGUAUGCACUUUCUCCGCCUCCCAAGGCGAAGUUCCUCGCUCCGAGACGGACUGCCUCGGUCUCGACGCGGCCCGGAACCAGCAACGGUGUCAGCGACGAUGACCCCAAGCCGUUCACACCACCGCCUCCGCCCGUUUCAGUGCCGGCGACUCCGAAUGGGAAGCAGAAAGAGAAGGAGAAGACCUCCCGUGGGUCUUGGUUUGUCAAGAGGAAGAGCUUCCGGCUGGGAGACAAGUCACGCGGGGACACCACUGUCGACGAUGCGCCGCCAUCGCCGAUCGCAGCGACGGUAUCACAUGCGUCCUCGUCGACAUGGCUAUCUUCGUCCGACAAGAACUCUCGGAGGCCAUCAGAGUCCGGGCUGAUCGACUUGUCACGGACGGCGCAGACCCUGUCCGCUGCCAGCACACGACCCAAGUCGAUAGGGACCGGUCACGCGUUCAAACCGGACGAGAGUCAAACAACGAACGGGUACGACAGUGGCUCCGCCUCGUCGUCCUUCAUUCCCGUGACCGGCUCGACGUCCGUUUUUCCGGCGAUGACACCCAUACACUCUCCGCCCGUGAUCGAGUUUCCCCCAGCAAGGAAAUCGUCGCUGCAGCCGUUAUCACAGCCCCAGCCGCUGCCCCUAUCGCUCGACGCCCCGAUGCACAAAAAGUCCCUCUCGUCCCUUUCCAAGCCCCGAGCCCCACCACCCACCAAGUCCUCGGCGCGUCCAACAACCGCUGGCCCGAUACUGGAUGCGCCGCCCUCGUCCUCCUCCCGGCCGCUCCCCCCGGUACCGCCAGCAACGGACGAGGAGCGCACAUCCGCGGCGAGCUCGAUGGCAGACGCCGACGAGCGCACCGACGACGCGCCCCUGGAGCUGCCAUCAAGCCCGAUCGCACUCGAGUCGCUAGCGGGCGGGAACUACAGCACGUCGAGCACGUCAAGCAACGGCAGCGCGCCACGGCGGGCGACGCGCAAGAUGAGUCUCAGCUCGCCGUUGCUGGGGAGCCUCGGAUUCGGGAGGCGGGACAAGAAGGAGCCGAAGGAAAAGUCCCCCAGCUCGUUCUAUUUCGGCAGCAGCAAGGCAUAGCGGGUGCUGCUACUGCUGCUGGCUACUCCUGGGAUGACACGGACGCCUCUUUUCGCGAUUUUUAUUCCGUUCUUCGCUGUUUCAUCCGUCCCGAUGUUUUGACCUAGCAAUACUAACUAUCCCGCCUUGUAUUUUACUCGCGAAGGAAUACCUCUAUGGUGCCGCUCACACUAAUCGUAGCACUGUAUAAUGUAUCAACUGGCCGGCAACGCGUGUGACAUGAGCACGUUAUUGUGACAAUCCGCGUCCGUGACGUCUUGGUCUGGGUUGGUCUGGUCUGGUCUGUGCGCUAUGCACGUUGCAGGUGGCCUGCUACUUCGGCACACCCAUCCCGACGAGCUUAUGAUGCUUCCACGAGCGGAACCGGUCAUCCACCCGCGCCGCCGACGAGAAAUCGAUGAUGUGCACGCGUAAUUCGUCGCCGCAGGCGAUGCACAGCCGGCCAAUCGUCUCGUCCCACGUGAUGGCCGCGAGCCCCAGGCUCUCGACCUUGCGACGGACGUUCGCCGGGAGUGUGAAUGAGCACUGCACAUGUCAGCAAGCGUGUAUCAGCGAUGGACACCGCGCCACUCACGUAGAAGCUCUUCGAGAGCUCAGGCCGGUUUCUCCUCGAGAUCGGCUCCGCGGGGUCUUCCGGCGCCCGCUGGGCCCACAAUGGUUGCAGCUGCGGCGAGAGAUAGCGCUUGAUACCGAGCAGCCGCGCGUCCUCCUCCUUCUCCGUCUCGAGCGUGUACAUCAUCGCCCUCGACGCACCCGCCAGCACGUGCGUCGCAUACGGCAUGAAGUUCACGUGCACCGUCUGGGGGACGACGUAUUCGAGCGAGAACGACCACGUCGACGGCGCGUCGGCGUGCCGCGUUUCGGUCGGCCAGAUGAGGUAGUGCACCAUCCCCAGCGGACCCGCCGUCUGCCCGAACAGCGAAAUCGGCGCGGGCUCUGUGGGCUGGGACGGCAAUCGGGGAUGAUCCAGGCCGAUCGACGGCGGGAUCGGGUCUGACAGAGAAAAGCUGGUGUACUCGCGAGGGUCGACUAUCCACCUCUCGUACGGGUGCACGACCACCGGCUCGACAUGAGACGGAUGCGGAAUCCUCACUAGCUCUAGAAGAUGCUCAUGUUGCGGUCGAGAGUGGUUCGUCCGUUCCUUCACAACAUCCCGCAGGACGAGUACAUCGUUCUGAUGAGGCAACACGCGGAUAGCCCAGAUCUGAUGGUCCUUCGAGGAGUCAGAAUUCCACACAGGCAGAACGCACACAACACCAGCUCACCGACUCCGGUAGACCCCCGUAUCUAGAGAGCUUGAUCUGCCACUGCGUCCUUGCAUCGAGAUCGAGAACGACGACCACGUGCGGGUGUUUGACAAACGACAUAUGCGCCUUGCCGUCCUUCUCAAAUAGCGAAAGGCACGUGAUACGGGUCGUCGUUUCCAGGUACGCGACCUGACAGAACGGAGGACCGGAAUCGCGGGCUCUGCGGACGUAGUCUUCUGAGCCAGGCUGCAGGCGGGGAUCGACCAGUUCCUCCACAUCGUCCAUCGCGAUGAACUGGCAUACGGUGUGGAAGAUGAAGGGAUGCGGUGGGUCGAUAGCGUCCGAGUCUCGAAAGAUCGAGGGGUCGAUACUAGAUACAUUGAGUGAACCGCACCAUAGAGUGCAGCCGAGAAAACUCACUCGCACUGAACCCCAUCAUCAUACGUCCUACAAGUGUACCCAACCAUGAUCCCAUUCCGCCCUUGGAACCGCAGAUACCGCGCGUGCAUGUUAUACGCCUUGGACCGGGUCCUCAUCCGCGCAACCGCACUGCUGCCCGCAGGAUGGUCGAGCGACACCAGCUCGAUGUAGUACCGCUGGCUGGCGACGUCGCGCAUCGACACGAGCACAAACUUGCCGCCCGGCAGGAGGGCCAUGUCGAGGAUGCGGUAGUGCGCGUCGUGCCGCCAGUAGCGCUUGACCUUCGGCGUGUCCGAGCGCCAGUUGUCCUCGAGCGAGAGCGCGCGCGUGACGAGGUGCUCCGCCUCGAAGUCCGUCGCCUGGAGUGCGUAUUUGAACGACGGGCGGAGCGGGGGUACGGGCGUCUUCAUGCGCUCGAGAAACCGCUUCCAGAUGAUCGGCUCGUGCGUGAGGAGGAAGAAGGUGCGGUUGACCGCGCGCAAGGACAUGAUGUCCUCGAUGGGCAGGUGGAUGAAGAUGUGGUCAACGAAGAUGUCGAAGGAGAGGCGCUGAAUGUGGCAUGGUUUUGGAGUCCAUGCAUUCCGGAAGAGACUGGGGAGGUAAGAGGUCAGAGAUGACAUGAAGUCAAGUGAUUAGCGCUCAACGCCGGUGGGAAAGAAAGGAAGUGGAAGUGGAAGUGGCCCAGUCUGCGCAGCAGAGACAGUAUCGGACAGUAUGAGCGACGAGGGGCGUAUCAAGUCCGGCCCUUACGUUUUAAAAGUAUGUGCUUCACAAGUGAGGCGUGCCCAAGAACAAUAACAGCCAUUUUAGGAAUAAGGACCCGACCAGUCGGCGCACAUUAUAUGGCCGCAAAGAUCCGAGAGCGCUCUCAGCUCUAGCUCUAGCAGACGCUGAGCUACGUGGGUGCAUGAGCCAUUUCGAGUCCUCUGCUACGGUUCACCGUCAGCGUGUUCGAAAAGAGGCGUUGAUCGACAUGGUGGUGACACUGCACGCGUGACGUCACCACACGUGGUCCUCGUCGCUUGACGCGCAUUCAGUACUAGGACAUCUAUCUCAACAUAUCAUGACUUCUCUCGGGCUGGAAAAUUUGCAGUGAGCUCAUGACAAGCAGCGCAUACACUCAAUAUCUGACGCGAACUCAGCUCACGCGCCAGCCGUCAUUACUGUCACACCCACCAAGCUCAACUCGAACCAAUGCGCAUUCGACAUCCAAUACAGUGACUCAUAAAUAUAGUGACCUCCUCUUCCACCCAGGAUCUAAUCCAGCUCGUCGAGGCUGCCCUGACGCGGGAAGAGCUUCUCGAUCUCGGAGAUGAUACCCUCCGUGCCUUGGGUGGCAGCCAAUCCGGCGAGGAGACCCGCGACGCCCUUGCCGACGGAGGAUCCGACACUGACCGCGCGGGCGGUGACGUCCCCGCCGCCGUUGAGGUCGUUGAUGUAUUCCAGGAGGGUGUUGACUUCCUCGUCGGACAGGUCAGCAAGCGCUCGUUUCGAGGACGCGGGUGUCGACGAGGAAGAGCUGCUUGUUGAUCCUCAGCAUGCAUAAUACUACGCUGACAAGACUCGGGAAGGAGACAUACCCGAAGAGCUUGGCCAGGAUGGCGGUGAUGCCAAGACCCCCGAUGGCGGACCCGAUUCCGUCAGCAGCCCCGGAGCCGAUGAUUUUGCCCAGCGUGUCUUUCUCGACGGUACCGAUGACCGACGCAGCGCCGCGCUUGCUUGUGGUGUUCGCCCCCGCGGCGCCGGCGAUGCCGUUGACCGCCUCGACGCCGACGCCGCCAGCAACGCCGCCGAUGACAGCCUUCUUGAGGACACUCGCGAUACCCUCUUCGCCGGCACCGAGCAACUUCUCGAGCAGGCCGGCCAGACCGGCCCGUGCCUCCAGAUCACGACUGGAUCGUUCAAUAAGAAGUGGGCAAGCGAUGGAUAUAUAUUCAAACUUACGUGGCCGGAGUGCUGCUGCUGGAGCUGGAGCUGCCAGCUCCCUCCAGAAGGCCGAUGAGACCGGUGAUGGCACCACCGCUGAGGACGCCUUUGCCGAACGACUUGAGGAUGUCCGACAAGGCCCCAGAGGGCAGCGACAGCCGCGCCUCGAGAUCGCGGAGCUCCAGUUCAGGGGCAGCAGCAGCCGGGACGGGUGCAGCAAACGUGGGAACGGCCGAAGCGGCCAGCAGAGCAGAAACGAAGAUCGACUUGGUGUACAUGCUGCUCGGAAGAAGAAUAAAAGUGGAUGUGGUUUUGAAAAAGAAAGCGGCGAAAGAUCGAAGAUUGAAAAAAAAGACUGGACGGCGACAGAUCAGGAAAUGGAGAAGCGCAAGUGCGAGAGAACUCACUACGCAGUAUCUGAGAGACCGAAGGAAGGAAGGGUGGCUCAAGUCGUUGAAGCUGGCGCCCUUUUAUAGCCUCUCGUGUCAUCAAUCUCACCCCGGCCUAGUUGGCAGAGGUGCGGUGCCAUAGAGAUGUACGUGGAAUUGACAUGUGCAGAGCAUCAGCACGCCCCAAUUCAAUUCGAGCCCUAGUCGCACUGGGGACGGCUACCAACUUUGAUCACCCAUCCUUCAUCGCACUGGUGCAAUGCAGAGUAAUCCGUUAUCGAGGCCAGGCCUGUGAUUCAUCGGUACUCUGCUGUCGGGUCUAAAAAUAGGUGUUGCAGACUGAAGGAGAUCAGACACCCACCCAUGUAGAUUGUGCUGGAUCCGGCUUCGGAUGCAAUGGGCCACUGGAUACCAUCGGAAACACUGGACGGAGGGUCCGCGAUGGCAUGUGCACGACUCCCCGGAGCCAUAUGUUCCCAUUCCGGUCCAAUACCAAACCUCGGCGUCUCGAAAUGAUCCGUGGGCACUGGGUGUUCCAGCAUACACAGUGCAGGAGAAAAGAGCUAGCUCAGGAACGUGUUUCAUUCUUGCUCCCGCAGACGGAUCCCGGGCGACUGGCAGCAGCCCGCCGCCGAUAACACCGUAUCGAGCCAACCGCUCGCAGGGUGGCCUAAGCGGGAAGCAACCCAAGACACACAUACGCCGCAUGCCACAGACAGUCUCUCCAGACGAUCUUCCCGCUCGCAGGUGCAUGUGCAGUCCUCGGACUCGCGGCGCUUGACAACCGCGCACGGCAGCAUCACAGUUCAUCAUAGCUUCAAGCACGGAGGCGAUGUCAGCCCGGCCGUCUGCAGCCGCGCGAGAGGACAAGGGCGGGUAUAUUGCAGACCAGAAAACAAGAUAAGGAGUUGGGGCGAUGAUCCCAUAUAGCCAAAGGAGACGACGUGUUAGAUUGAAGAUGUAGCCUUGCAGAGCCUUGAACGCGGUGCUGAUCGGUGGGUUUGAGCCAGAAAUUCAAUUCACUAUCUUAACACCCGACCUGUUUCGAGGUGCAUGCGCUGCCAGUCCACAGACUCCAGAGACGAUGAGAGGCAUUGAGAGCCAAGAUCAAACAGGAAACACGUGACAUCAGCUCGAGAUACUGUAAUGGCUGAGCGCUGAUCCCCGAGUGACUUAGAACCACAUUUACAUACUUGGUAACAACAGGAAAUCGGCACCUUCAACGAUACGACACAGCAUUCUGGAACCGAUUAGUUUAUAACUCACAGGUAAACUUGAAUGACUGAGCAGUAAUCGAUCAGUUCAAGGCCCGGGGGGAAUUCCACACCGACCCGAGUCUGUCUGACUCUGUCAGGGCGGUCCGUGAUAGAAAGCGAGCGGAACGACCCAGAAGUCUGACCCGCAAGCCUAGUUCACUUCACGCACGGUCAGAUACAACAUAGACCCCCCCAGUCAGAGGCAAUUGAUUGGGCCAUCAUAUACGUCUGAGUCUGAUACACUAUGUAUAUACACAUAUUGGAUGGAUUGGUUGCAGGCAGACGACGCAGCACCGUGUAUGGCAAGGACAUCAUGGAGCCUUCAACUCCGGGGCAUAGAAUACAUAAUGGAUCAUCACACAA